AUGGGCAUCACCCUUCGUCUCAUGGCUGCAGCUCUGAUACCGACGGAAGUAUGGGAAAUCGUGUUCAGCUACGCUAUCGACGACGAGAGGAUCUUGUCUCUUGAACCAGUGACCUCCUUCUCGGAAUCCGCCUGGACGCGCACCUCCUCCGGCCAAUGGAUUCUGUCAAGUCCCAAGGAUACCCUUGUCUCAGACCAGAAGGCCGUCUAUUCGACGAUUAAGGCCAUUGUUGGGACCUGUAAGCUCUGGCGGAACAUCGGCGCGGAAUACCUAUUCCGUUCUCUAUUCUUCCAAGAUCCGAAACGGCUUGAAUUACUUCGGUCUACGUUAGAAAAAGAAUCGAUGCUCGGACGGUGGACAAAAAAGCUUCAUCUGAACUUCUUAUCUGCUCCAUUAGCCUCUACGAAGGUCGAGGAUGCCAUCGUUUCCGUCAUCAAGCAAUGCAAGAACCUCGAAAUAGCCAUGCUCAACAGAUCCCUGGCUCCCGUUUUUCCUAGGAUCGCAGACGCCUUAUGUUCUUACAAUCGGAAAUCGCUCCGCGUCGUACACUGGGAAGUCCCCGGCGAAGCCCUCCCAAAAGUGAUCGCGACGCUCAGCGGCCUGCCGUACCUCACCUCCGCCCACAUCGACAUCGCCCGGCCGACCUCCGAAGUCCACCUCGGCUCGACCGCCAACCUCGCCCUGCGCCUGCGCCACCUGCGCCACCUCUCCCUCUCCGGCUUCCUCGAAGACUUCGUCGAACAAGCGAUCGGCUGGACCUUACCCGCGCUCACCUCCCUCGCGCUCGACUUCGGCCUCGAACGCUCGGACCUCCCGAACGUGCUCGAGCUGCUCAAGCAGCACGGCCUCGGCCUGACCUCGCUCGACGUGACGUCCAUCGUCCCGCUCAACGUCCCCGCCGCGCUCGCGCUCUGCCCCUCCCUCACCCAGCUCGCCUUCAACCCCAACUGGGCGCUCGACGGCUCCGGCGGCGCGCUCGGCCACGCGUCCGUCGAGCGCGUCGGGCUGCACCAGCUCCUCUCCGCGUUCGGCGUCGGGCUCGCGCUCGGGCCGGAGGACCCCGUGAGCGCGCAGGUCGUGCGCCGCGCGAACGACGCCAACUUUGCGAUGCUCACGAAGGACGCGUUUCCGAGGUUGAGGGCGGUGCGCGCGCUGAGCAGGACGCUGUUGAGGGAGCUGAACAGGGCGGACGGUCCGGCGGAGGAGUGUUAUCCGCGCUGGGAGGCGUGGUGGAGGCAGUGCGACCGGCAGGGGAUACGGUUGGAGGAUUGUACGGGUGCGGAGCUCGGGACACUGCCGGAGACGGAGGGGGAGUCGGACGAGAGUGAGGAGGAGGAGGAGGAUGCCGAUGGGGAGAUGAGGCCGUCGAACGUGUGGGAGCUGAGGCAGCUGUUGGAGGAGUGUAGGAGGAUGAACGCGACGAGGGAGGCACCCAUGCCAAUGCCGCUGGACUUCCUUCAGAGCCAGAUAUGA